CCCGCCCUCCCCACUGGCGACCGGGCGGGCGGGCGGGCGGCUCGCCGCAGCGGCGCCGACAUGGCUGCGCUGGUGGAGCCGCUGGGGCUGGAGCGGGACGUGUCCCGGGCGGUGGAGCUCCUCGAGCGGCUCCAGCGCAGCGGGGAGCUGCCCCCGCAGAAGCUGCAGGCCCUCCAGCGCGUCCUGCAGAGCCGCUUCUGCUCAGCCAUCCGCGAGGUGUAUGAGCAGCUCUAUGACACGCUGGACAUCACCGGCAGCGCUGAGAUCCGGGCCCACGCCACAGCCAAGGCCACCGUUGCUGCCUUCACCGCCAGCGAGGGCCAUGCACAUCCCAGGGUGGUGGAGCUGCCCAAGACAGAGGAGGGCCUGGGCUUCAACAUCAUGGGGGGCAAGGAGCAGAACUCGCCCAUCUACAUCUCCCGUGUCAUUCCUGGAGGAGUGGCCGACCGCCACGGAGGCCUCAAGCGUGGGGACCAGCUGUUGUCGGUGAAUGGUGUGAGCGUCGAGGGUGAGCAGCACGAGAAGGCCGUGGAGCUGCUGAAGGCGGCCCAGGGCUCGGUGAAGCUGGUGGUGCGUUACACACCCCGCGUGCUGGAGGAGAUGGAGGCCCGCUUUGAGAAGAUGCGCUCUGCCCGCCGGCGCCAGCAGCACCAGAGCUACUCGUCCUUGGAGUCCUGAGGCUGAAACCACAGAUCUGGACCCUCCCGCUCUCCCCUCCCCUUGUACAGUAUUUAUUGUCGCCGGCUCCUUAUUUAAAGAUCUUUGCCCCUCA